AUGCAAGGCCUCCUUCCCCCUCCCGCCCCCGCCCAGGCGGUAGCCGCAACAGACGAACCCUUGAGGGGUCUAAAGAGAAACUACCUGAGCCUUUUGCUGCAGGUGCAGAUCAUCGAGAUAUGUCUCGCAUUCGAGUCCCACGUCCCCCUCCACGUUCGCAACACGAUAUGGCCUGCAGACCUUGAGGCGGCCAUUCUUGCCCUAAGACAGGGCACACCGACCCCCGCUGGCCAAGCCGACUCAACCACUGCGUCUCAGCCGUCACAUCCACCACCGCCCGCGUUCUCAGCAGCAGAUGUCCCUUCGCAGCAUGCUCAUCCGCCCGCAUACCAUGCUCAUGAGCACAGCAGACCCCCAAUGGCCUCCUUGAUGGACGACUCCGUCAACUCCGCCGAAAAGCAAGGGACGCAGGAUCCCUCGCCGCCUGUUGACCCCGCCGCGCACUCGCUCGCACCACCAGGAGUGUCGCAGCCCCUCGCGCCAUACCCCUACGCACCCUAUGGCUACACGCCCCAAAAUCAGCCCGCGCAGCCCGCCUACCCGCACGCGCCCUACUACCCCCCGCAUCCACACCUCCCGCCGCUCCCGCACGCAUAUCCCCCGCCCUAUCCCUAUCCCGGCUAUCCCCCCCACCCCCACGCAUCCGUUUACUCCCCGCGCGGGUCAUCCGCUGCGCCGAUGCCAGGACCCUCCGCACCCUCGCCAGGUCCUCCACCACCCCCGCCGGCUAACGACGACCUGCCUUCGUACGAGGAGAUGAUCGUCGAGGCGCUCCUCGAAAUGGGCGAUCCCGAGGGUGCCGCGCCGAAGGACCUCUUCGCAUGGAUGGCCUCGCGUUACCCGUUGCAGACCAACUUCCGCCCGAGCGCGAGCCAGGCACUGCAGAAGGCCUUUAAGCGCGGCCGGCUCGAGAAGCGGGCAGGUGGACGGUAUCGACUGAACGCGGCAUGGGAAGGUGGUGCGACAUCGAAGCGGACUACGCGCAGACCACAGACGCUCGCACAGACUGCGUAUGCCAUGCAUCACCCACCCCCACCUCCCUCUUCUCCGUUCACCAAUGCCCCGCUAACCCACCACCAUCCGCCCUAUCCACACGCAAAUGGCGCACAUGCCGCGGGCGCGUAUCCAGGAUACUCGUAUGGCUACCCGCCAACAGGCUAUCCCGGUUACUCCGGCUACCCAACGUAUCCACCGCCCUCCGACACGUCCCUCGCCCAAGGGAAGGACGGCUCGGCCUCACAGGCGCUCGCAACCACAUCCUCCGCGCCGGGGUCGUCGAAUCCGCACGCGUCAUUCUCUGCGGCAAAGGACGGCGCGAGUGUGGGUGACACGAGCGCGUGGGAGGCCGCGCAACACAUACUCGAGGCAAUCAACUUCAGUUCUUUCGGCCUCACCAGCAGCAACGGGCAGGACGCUCAGCCCGCUGCACAGCCAUCGUCUGCCGGCGGCGCAGCCCAUCCGCCGCCGGUCGUCGCGAGCGCGGGGAUCGACCUAUCCACCGGCGCGGGUACGGGUGCGAGCGGCAGCGAUGGCCGCGCGAGCGAGGUGCGGGCGGUGCUCACAGACGAGGAGCGCGCGGCGCUGCAGGCACAUCUUGCGCUAUUGGCUGCGCAACUCGCUGAGAUUGCGGACGCGGAGAGCGACGAGGAGCACGAGGAGGAGGAAGAGGAGGAAGAGGAGGAGCUGACGGUGGAGGCGGGCGAGGAAGAGGAAGAAGCUGCCGCUGAUGUUGCCGAGGCGGUACAACUCGGCGAGUCAGCGCUCUCGCCCGCCUCUGACAAGGGCGAGGGCGCGGUGCGGAACGUGUCGCAGGUGAUGCCUGCAACUCCGGCGAGUGCGCAGAUGCUGGCGCCGACGGGCGCAGACAUCGGCACGGGAUUGAUCGCGGGUGUAGGCGCGGCUGUUAGCAUGCAGGAGGAGGAAGAGAGCGACGAGGACGAGGACGAGGACAUGGAGAUGGUGGAGGUGCCGACGUACCCAGGCGAGGGUAUACGAGCGUGA